AUGUCGGCUCUUCAAUGUCUCACUUUCCUCUUCUUGUGUCUUCUUCUUCUCCAAAACACCACGUCAGCUUCCCCUCUCCGUCUCGCCCGACGGUGGCCGAGCCAUAGCAACUUCGCCAAGCAUCCACGUCGUGUGGUUUUUCCGGUGAACCGGAGUAGCUGCGAUCUGUUCGCCGGAGAGUGGGUACGGGAUGAGACGUACCCGCUUUACCGGUCAAUAGAAUGCGGCGGAGGAAUGAUAGAUCCGGGAUUCGACUGCCAGACUUACGGCAGACCUGACUCUGACUACCUCAAGUUCCGGUGGCAACCUUUUAACUGCGACGUCCCUAGGUUUAAUGGAGUGAAGUUUCUUCAAGAAAUGAGGAACAAAACAAUAAUGUUCGUUGGUGAUUCGUUGGGUAGAAACCAAUGGGAGUCGUUGAUGUGUAUGAUCUCUUCAUCAGCACCAGACAUUCAUACACAUAUCAUCCAUGAAGAUCCCCUUUCUACCUUCAAGAUCCUUGACUACAACGUUAAAGUGUCAUUCUAUAGAGCGCCUUAUCUCGUAGACAUCGACAAAAUUCGCGGAAAGACAACUCUGAAACUCGACGAAAUCUCUGUCGACGCAUCAAACAUUUGGCGCACGGCCGACGUUUUGCUGUUCAACACUGGUCACUGGUGGAGCCACACAGGGUCUUUACGAGGGUGGGAGCAGAUGGAGACAGGAGGGAAAUAUUAUGGAGACAUGGAUAGUCCAAAUGAGUGGACUUCAAGAUCAAAAGCUUCAACGAUAACUCAAGGAGCAAAAAGCUGUUACGGUCAAACGACACCGUAUAGUGGAACAACGUACCCAACAAGCUCAUACGUAAGCCAGAAGAAAGUGAUUGAUGAAGUGGUUAAAGAGAUGAAAUCUCAUGUCUCAUUGAUGGAUAUAUCAAUGCUCUCUGCUCUUCGAAUCGAUGGUCAUCCUUCGAUCUACAGUGGAGAUCUCAAUCCUUCUCUAAAGAGGAAUCCUGAUCGUUCAUCUGAUUGUAGCCAUUGGUGUCUUCCUGGUCUUCCCGAUACUUGGAACCAAUUGUUCUAUGCUGCUUUGUUGUUUUAA